UAACAGAACCGUCUGGAUAUUUAACAGAUGGACCAAUAAAUUAUAAAUAUAAAACUAAAUGUACAUGGUUAAUUGAAGGAUACCCAAAUGCAAUACUAAGAUUAAGAUUUAAUCACUUUGCCACAGAAUGUAGUUGGGACCAUAUGUAUGUAUAUGAUGGAGAUUCAAUAUAUGCACCUUUAAUAGCUGUAUUUAGUGGUCUAAUAGUCCCUGAAGUGCGUGGAAAUGAAACUGUUCCUGAAGUAGUCACUACAUCUGGCUAUGCACUGCUACACUUUUUUAGUGAUGCUGCAUAUAACCUAACUGGAUUUAACAUUUUUUACUCAAUUAAUUCUUGUCCUAAUAACUGCUCAGAACAUGGAAAGUGUACAACCAGCGUGUCCAUACCAAGCCGGGUCUAUUGUGAGUGUGACAAGUACUGGAAAGGAGAAGCCUGUGAUAUUCCAUAUUGUAAAGCCAACUGUGGCAGUCCAGAUCAUGGGUACUGUGAUUUGACAGGCGAGAAGCUGUGUGUUUGCAAUGAUAGCUGGCAAG